AUGAGGUGGUGCAAUGCGGGCAGCCGUGCCGACAUCAUAGUAUCUCGACGGGUUCACCUCCAUGCCGCUAGCAUGUACGACCCAUUUGCGUUCAGCGUCUUUUACGCGACCCCGCACCCCGACGUGGCUGGCGUGUCAUCUACAUGCGUGAGGAAGACCACCGUCGACUGGGGCCAGCUGUACAUGGCGUCUCGGCAAGCCGCUACCCACGUACACGCCAGAGCCACCAUGGGCAUCUGCGCUGCGGCGGGCCAGCAGCAAUGCGGCCGACACGAGAGUGCACUGCCGCACUUCAAAGGAGGCGCCUUCUCCCGUGGCACCGAAACACGAGCGCGGGUCUAUCACGGGCGUGAGCUUCCGCACGGGACGGAGCUGUACCGCGUCGGCACAUUCCGUCCACUCACGGUACAGCGCAUUCAUGCGUGCAUCGGAGGCAUCGAUCGAUGGUCCAGAGCCUUGCUGGUGGUUGCAGCGCAUCGCGCCAAUACGUGCCGCAACGACAUGAUGCGCACAUGCGGCCACAGACGAAUUGCCUCCAAGACGGGUGCGAUAGGUGUUGCGUGCGUGUUCGUACAGCCGGUGAGAGAUGCAGUCAGGGAUUUCUUCCCAAGAGUCGAGGCGUUCGGCGGCAAGGUAGCCGCUUAUGAGAAUGACACGAACCCCAGUUUGAUCUUUAGCGAUCCAAUCUCCCGGCCACCAGCCAAUUGCCUCCAAGGUGGGGGUGAAGCGCGUGCGAUGGGGUUUUCGCGCGUGUUCGUAAAGUCGAAACUACCCUUAUGGCGGCCGAAGACUUCGAUGAAGGAGGGCUUGGGCGUUCGGGGAGAUCUGCCCAAGAGUCGAGGCGGUCGGCCGCAAGGUGAAAAGGACUGGCACAGCCAAGGCCAAACCCUGGAGAGAUGGAAAUCUAUCUCCCAACUCCUGGUUUCACCCAUGGGCAGCUCUAUCGGGAGUUUUGUUGUGAUUCUUUCUGACUAUUGCUAUUUGAAUACAUUUCAAGCCGCGGCGUAG